AUGACCGACAACACACCCGCCAAUAUCGCUCCCGGGCCUUCUGCAGACGGUAGUACCGUCCCAGACCAACCGCAGGAGGCUCCAGAGCUAGCAGAAAUCAGUGAGCAUGAGGUGGGUGAAUACCGCGAGCAAGACCGUUACCUUCCUAUUGCGAAUGUCGCACGUAUCAUGAAAGCGGCCGUGCCGCCAACUGCGAAAAUUGCGAAAGACGCGAAGGAAUGCGUACAAGAAUGCGUUUCUGAGUUCAUCAGCUUCGUCACGAGUGAGGCGGCCGAAAAAUGCGGUCUAGAAAAACGAAAGACCGUUGGCGGUGAAGACGUCCUAUACGCGCUUGCCAGCCUUGGCUUCGAAAAUUAUGCGGAAACACUCAAGAUUCACCUUGCGAAACUCCGUCAGCAUCAAACAGCUAACGCUGCCAAUCGUUCUGCAGACACCACUAUGGAGAUGGACGAAGAUUGAUAGGCGCAGUAUCAUAUAAUUGUGUGUAUUUUUAUUUCAUGUCAUCGUGGCGACGACUUUGGAUGGUCCCUCGAUAUCAAGUAAUAUUUUGAGCUCAGCAACAAAGCAUUGAUUACAA